AUGAAUAAUAACAUAGACAAUGACAAUGACAAUGACACUAAACAGUAUACUGCCAAUUGUCCAAAGCACAACAAACGAAUAGAUAUGUUGUGUAAUGAUUGCAACACAAUCAUUUGUAAUCACUGCUUGGCACUGGAGCAUAAUGGACACAAGAUUGUGAAUGUCGAUAUCAUCAGACCAUUGAUCGCAGAGAACAAGUACGAUAGGUUCUCAACCCGUCUACGUCAUCUCUGGCAACAGAUGAACAAGUUGGCAAUGUCAUAUCAGUUGAUGAACAAAUCGAGCAUCGCUGUGACUGAUCAGUUCAGAGUGCUACACGAGCUACUUAUCGCAGAGGAGCACAGAAUCAAGUCGCCCAUCAUUGAUGAGAUGAGACGAACAGGCGAUGCCAUCAACUCUUUAAUGGAGGAGAUGUCCCACAUUGUCUCUUUGACAAAUGCGACUGCCAUCGCACAGGGUGCCUCUGCAAACAAAUCAGACACUGAAUGUAAUGAAGCCGUUGACAUGGAUCACAUUUCUCAGUCAAUCAACUCGUCAGAGUCAAUGGAACAGUUCAUUUCAAGAUCACUUGGCAAUCAGUCUAUCAAUGUCAACACAUUUAAUGACAUUGAGUUGUUAAAUGCCGUUCAACAAUUGGAACGUUUGGCGCAGAAAUCAUCCCUGACCAACUUGAAACCUAUCCGAAUCAGAACCAGCCCUACAGUUUUGGAGAGCAUCAAGCAGAGUAUCAAGUCGUGUUUCAUUGAUCUGAACCAGUGCCAUCUAAUCUUUUCUCACAAUGAGACAGGCUGCAGAAUGUUUGAUCCACGCUCAACAUCAACUACCCUAAUCAAUUACAAGAGGAGGAUAUCCACCUACUACGCGAUAACGUACGAUGGAGACUAUGUCUAUAUAUUUGGUGGUGAAGAGAGCCUCAACACCUAUUUACGCUACUCAACAAUUGAUCUGUCCUACGCUGAUUUGCCCAUGGUCGGAAUCAAUGGAGUGUGUAAUGUAUCGACCUGCUUCGAUGGAGACAAACACAUCUACCUCGUCGGAGGUACAACAAAUGGGCUUCUGAGCGAUUGCAUAAAUCGCUUCAAUAUAAUAACCCAGCAGUUCAGUCAUUUUGGAACUCUGCCAUCUCCCUGUUCAUCAUCUUUUGUCUUCAUACAUGAAGGCAAGCUCUAUGUCAUUGGCGGCCUCAAGGAAAAGUGCCACCGUAAAUCAAUUCUGGCACUUGACCUCAACACAUUGGAAUGGAACACGCACACUGAUGAACUUGACCUUGGGACCCAUGGGCUUUCAAGUUGCUUCGAUGGCAAGGAUAUUUAUGUUCUGACUGAGAACAAGUUUAUCCGUGUCGGGCUCCAAUCCAAAGAGAUUAAGUACCUCUCCCCUCCUCCCCUAGAUUUCAAGAACAAUUUCAACAAGUUGUUCUUUAGUCUCAAUCACAAUGAAGGAUUGCACCUGUACCUUGGUAAUGGAAAAAACUGGAACUACUCAAGGCAAUUGGAUAAUUGGACAAGUUUGAGCGAUAACUAUCGAUCAAAUGAAAAGAAUCCAAAUUGGUUGAUGUUGAUUGACAAUGUAAUAGCCCAGUCCAAAGAAUAUUCCACGCACAUUGUCUGA